AUGUUAAUUUGCAUAUUUCUUAAAAUUUUUACAGAAAAAUUUUUUCAACUAAACAUGAUACAUUAUAUGUUACUGUUUUCCAGACAAGGUAAACUUCGUUUACAGAAAUGGUAUGUAGCAUAUCCUGAUAAGGUUAAAAAGAAAAUCACACGUGAAUUGGUCACAACUAUUUUAGCGAGGAAGCCGAAGAUGUGUGCGUUUUUGGAAUAUAAAGAUUUAAAAGUUGUUUACAAAAGAUAUGCUUCUCUAUAUUUUUGCUGUACAAUUGAGCAAUCAGACAAUGAGCUUAUUUGUUUGGAAAUUAUUCAUCGUUAUGUUGAAUUAUUGGAUCGAUAUUUUGGAAGUGUUUGUGAACUAGAUAUAAUAUUCAACUUUGAAAAGGCCUAUUUUAUAUUGGACGAAUUUUUGCUGGCUGGAGAAGUUCAGGAAACAAGUAAAAAGCAAGUUUUGAAGGCAAUCAGUGCUCAGGAUCUUUUGCAAGACGAGGAGACUACACAAGGAUUUUUCGAAGAUAAUGGUCUUGGUCAAUUAACAAGGAUGGAAGAAGGCCAAUCAUGCCAGAGGUCGUUCACAAUUAUUCCGAUUAAGGGAAUGGAGGCUAUUCAAAAAAAUUUUGCUUCUUAUGGGAAGGAUGGUGAUCGUGCAGCUGAGGAAUUCAUCCAACAGAAAAAGAUGACCUUGGCUCGAAGAUUUCAAUUAUAUGAACGAGGAUAUGCAUUGGUACUUAAAGAAGAUAGUCGCGAAACGUAUUUUGAUAAUGCCAACGUUCAAAUUACUUUUGGUGAGAAGAGAGGAAAGGAAAGAAGUAAAAGCACAGAAAGUGCCAACACUGAUAAAAAUUCGGAUUAAACC